AUGUUACAAAAGCCGUUAAGAUUGGAAAUCAAGAGGAAGCUGACGGCGCGGUCUGACCGCGUCAAGUGCGUAGACCAGCAUCCAACAGAACCGUGGCUGCUUUGUUCCUUGUACAGCGGCGACGUGAAUAUAUGGAACUAUGAAACACAUACACAGAUCAAAAGAUUCGAGGUAUGCGACCUACCAGUGAGGGCAGCUAAGUUCGUGAUGAGGAAGAACUGGGUGGUGACAGGAUCUGACGACAUGCAGAUCAGAGUGUUUAACUACAACACUCUAGAAAGGGUGCACAACUUCGAGGCUCACUCGGACUACAUAAGAUGCAUUGUGAUACAUCCCACACAGCCUUAUAUACUGACUAGCAGCGAUGAUCUCGUCAUCAAGUUGUGGAACUGGGACCGUAACUGGGCGUGCCAGCAAGUGUUUGAAGGCCACACCCAUUAUGUGAUGCAAAUUGUUAUCAACCCUAAAGAUAACAAUACAUUUGCCAGCGCAAGUCUUGAUACAACUGUUAAGGUGUGGCAACUCGGAUCUUCAAUCUCAAACUUCACAUUGGAAGGCCACGAGAAGGGUGUCAACUGUGUUGAUUAUUACCACGGUGGUGAUAAGCCCUACCUCAUCAGCGGAGCAGAUGACCGUCUCGUCAAGAUAUGGGACUAUCAGAACAAAACAUGUGUUCAGACAUUAGAAAGUCACGCCCAGAAUGUGACAGCAGUUUCCUUCCACCCGGAGCUACCAAUACUGUUGACUGGUUCCGAGGAUGGUACAGUGAGAAUCUGGCACGCUGGCACAUACAGACUUGAAGCAGCCCUCAACUACGGCUUUGAAAGAGUAUGGACCAUAUCAUCGCUACAUAGAUCCAACAAUGUGGCUAUCGGAUAUGAUGAAGGUACCAUAAUGAUUAAGGUUGGAAGGGAAGAGCCCGCUAUUUCGAUGGAUGUGAAUGGUGGAAAAAUAAUUUGGGCCAAGCAUUCUGAUAUGCAGCAAGUUAACUUGAAAGCUCUGCCCGAAGGUACUGAUAUAAAAGAUGGUGAGCGGGUUCCAGUUGUGGCAAAGGAUAUGGGUUCCUGUGAAAUAUAUCCGCAGACAAUAGCCCACAAUCCGAAUGGUCGUUUUGUAGUGGUUUGUGGUGAUGGGGAGUACAUUAUAUACACAGCCAUGGCUCUAAGGAAUAAGGCAUUCGGAACUGCCCAAGAGUUUGUAUGGGCUUUGGAUAGUUCUGAGUAUGCUACACUGGAGAAUUCUAGCACCGUGAAAGUCUUUAAGAACUUCAAGGAGAGGAAGAGCUUUAAGCCCGAAUAUGGCGCUGAAGGUAUCUUCGGUGGCUUCAUGCUGGGCGUGAAAUCCAUCAGUGGGAUGGCCUUCUCGUUCUACGACUGGGAACAAUUGGAGCUAGUUAGACGCAUCGAGAUUCAACCGCGUCAUGUCUUCUGGUCUGAGAGCGGAAGUCUCGUCUGUCUGGCAAGCGAAGAAGCCUACUACGUGUUGAAGUACAACGCUUCUGUCGUAGCUAAAUCCAGAGAAAGCAACACGAAUGUCACGGAGGACGGCGUUGAAGAUGCAUUCGAGGUCGUGGGUGAAGUAAACGAAUCGGUGAAGACUGGUCUUUGGGUAGGCGACUGCUUCAUAUACACGAACUCGUUGAACAGAAUCAACUAUUACGUCGGAGGCGAGAUCGUCACCAUAGCUCACCUUGAUCACACCAUGUAUAUACUGGGAUACGUAGCUAAAGAAAACAGGCUGUAUCUCAACGACAAGGAGUUGAACAUAGUGUCGUAUUCUCUCCUACUACCGGUUCUUGAAUAUCAAACAGCCGUCAUGAGAGGUGACUUCGAGACAGCUGACCGAGUCCUUCCAACCAUACCUCACGAUCAUCGCACUAGAGUGGCGCAUUUCCUUGAGAAACAGGGCUUCAAACAACAAGCUCUGGCCGUAUCAACAGAGCCUGAACACCAGUUCGAAUUGGCUCUUUCACUGGGCGAAUUGAAGAGGGCCAGUCAAUUAGCUGAGGAAUCAGACAAGGCUGAAGGUCGUGAGAACGAUCAGCCAUCAAGAGCCUCGGCCGCUAGGUGGUCGAGAUUAGGAGCUGCUGCCGCAGCAGCCGCUGAUACAGAUCUCACUAAAACCUGCUACCAGAAGGCCCGAGAUUACAGCGCUCUACUGCUAUUCUCCGUCAGCACUGGCGAUCGUGAGUUGUUAGAAGAAGUGGCUCAUAUGUCUGAUUUAGCCGGUGAAGAUAACAUAGCCUUCACAUCAUAUCUCACUCUAAAUGAUUUGGAUUCUUGUCUGGCACUGCUUCUUAAACGGAACAAACUGCCCGAGGCUGCGUUCUUUUGCAGGUCAUACUAUCCAUCAAUGAUGAGUGAUGUCCUCAAACGUUGGAGGGACUCUGUCUCUAUGACAAAUCCCAAGUGCGGUCAGGCCUUGGCUGAUCCCAACAAAUAUGACAACCUGUUCCCCGAAUACAUGGAUACCCUUGCAAUGGAAUUCUACCAGAAGCACUUUGGUUAUCCCUACUACAAUCAGUUGGAGCAUAUCGAAGAGAACACCGAUCUAUGCAAUGUUGAUCGUGACCUAUCUCAUGAGAGGCUGGUCGCUAUCCACACAGGGGCAUACGACCCUAGGGUUAUAACACCACCCUCUGGAGCAUCUGGCCUCUCAAGUCUGCACGAUAGUCCCAGGCGAGAUCCCAGAAACCCAGAUAGUUCAGAUGAGGCAUCCUAUUCCGAUGAUAAACUCAGACGCAGGGACUCGAUGGAUAUACUUGAUGAGAUUGAACGUGAGAUUGAUGAUAUUGUGUUGGAUAAUAACGAAGAAGAUCUGGAUACGUCAGACGAGGCCAUGUAUUUAGAAACUUAA